UUAUAAAACCGGUUACGCAACUAAAACAGAAACCAAAUUGGUUUUAAUGAGAUAGACAUUAGGGAUGUAACCGUCCCAUACAAAAUUAUUCAUAGCUACUAAAAUACUCGCAUUACAAUGCGUUUUUUUUUCACUAACACUGGGGAUGACGGCCGACAAAAGGCUGGGCCGGGCCAAAUAAUUGCCAAAACGCUUCGAGAGUCCCAUUGUGUUUAUUUACAAUAGGGUGCACUAAGUGGGGGUAGUUUUUGUAAUUGUAACUUGCGGAGCGAUCGCCCUUCGAUACCAGUUGUAGAUCCACCGCCGAGCGACAAACAUGUCUCGAUCAUUCCUAGUUGAUACGUUAAUCAGUGAUACUAAAGACAAGACCAACAUGCCUAGUGACAAUCCUUAUACAUUACUGCAGCAUAUGGAUACCAGACCAAAGUUCCUACCGUACCCAUACCCAAGCAAUCUAAACAAUUUGCUGGGUCUGGGUCUACCACCGCGGACGCCUGAACUCUUCAGACCUUUCUUAGAGCAUCUGAACUUCCGUUAUCCUUUAAUGCAGCAGCUGCCACAGCCAGAAUUAUACGAGCGCAGUGAACCAAGACCGUUCUACUUGAAGACUGAAGAGCAGGAACCUAUAAACUACGUAAACAGAAGGAAGAAAUCAGUGUCACCGUAUUUACAUCAUCCGUAUAAGUCGGCGGCAACUUCUCCUUCAAAAAGUCAAGGUCAACGUUCGCCUUCUCUCUCUGGUGACAGCAGAAACGGUACACCGAGCCCGCCGCUUGCGCACCCUGAGGAACUCCUCCCUGGAUACUCUAAAGAUUUGAAACGUAUGCCGUUGAAAGAGGACUCUAGUAAGCGCAUCAGGACGGCUUUCACUGGCACGCAACUUUUAGAAUUAGAACGCGAGUUUUCCAUGAACAUGUAUCUGUCGAGAUUGAGAAGAAUCGAGAUCGCCUCAAGGCUGAAGUUGUCUGAGAAACAAGUGAAGAUCUGGUUCCAGAACCGUCGUGUUAAGCUCAAGAAGGAGGAAAUCCCGGCCGCUGCCGACGGCAGGGUCAAGAAGUGCUGUUGCUCGAAGGCUUCUUGCAGUUCCAAAACCCAACCAGAGGCGGGUUGUGACAACGACCAGGAACAAAUUGACGUAGUCAGUGAUAACGAUAGUUUUGAAGUUCAAAAGUUAACGCAGUAUUCCUAA